AUGCCAACAACCAUGUCAGAAACAGUACCCAUAGAUGGUCAAAACCAGCUGGGCGGACGGUCCGAAGAUGAAGAACUGAACACAGAUUUUGGACAAUUACGCGUUAAAUGGUCAAAAUCCCAACACUGAAAAAGAAAAGAAACAUUAGCGACAAUAGGAAAAGUAAACUAAAUCAGUACUGGUAACACGCUGAGGGCAAAAAAUUAAGACGAAACACUCCUUAAAUACUCACUGAUAAGAAAAAACCUAAGAGACUACAUACCAUACUAGUUAAGGCCCACCCUGGUACGACAUCUACUGAUGAACAGAUCCAAAAACCCACAGAAUACAAAUAUAUGCUAAACUUCGUAUCGCAAAUAUUGUGUAAUUUUGCAUAGAGUGAGAUUCCCCUUGUCUCAGUGUGGUGGAUAAGCAUAAAACUUAUAACGGCCUUAGAAUAAUUUUUGUAGAUGCUGAGCUGUCAUUUUGUUCUUAAAAAGUGUGGAAGGUCAACAAAAAUCAAAUACACAAUUUCUGCUCCUUAGGCUAAACUCUCAUAAUUUUUUUUUAAUGUUCUUAUUUCAUUUGGGAAACCACUGCCGGCCACCAAAAGCACAAUUUAUCAACUCAACCGUCUGAUGUGAUAGUCUUCUCUCAAAACUUGAGGACCAAGAAGCGCCAAGCAUUAACCACUCUUUAUAAGCAUUGAUUUUGGGUCCGAUCUUUAAUAUUUCCUGCUAGAAUGAUGUGAAGCUGCCGGAGCCGGCGAAAAUCAGGGUCCCAUUGACACUCAGUGACGCUGAGUAUAGAGCCAGUGGACCUGUAUGCUGGUCAGUUGAAGAUACUGCACUUCAAUUCGAGUGAAAAAUCAAAAGAAUAGACGAAUAUCACAGAUAAUUUGGAUAUACCUGUAGUCCUUAAAGAUGGAAUGGUAACGUUUCAGAUCAAAAUUUCUGCUGGUAAGAUAAAGAUGUUUUCAGUGUAUCUCUAAAGUACACUGUUUAUAUUUUAUCAACUGACAUUAACGAAGUAUAAAAUUUGUUUCGUCGAAGGCGCGCUCUGAUUGGCUACUCAAUCUCCGAAUAUCCUUUGCGUUCGAAAAAAUUGUAAUCGUCGCAGGAAUAAAUGAGUUAAAAUCCCCUUGUUUUUUUCUAUCAUCUCACUGUUUUAAUCUAAUUAAAGGCUGAUUUAUUCACGAGAAAUGUUUGCCGUGUGAGUUAUACAGAAUUAAGGUUUUAAUUCUUUCAUUUCAGGGUGGAGAAAUAUGUAACAAGAAGUUUGGAUCAAAAUAUUGUCGAUCAAGAUCCCGAGAUGAUUUACACUAAACGAAAACGUCACCGUUUGAAUACCAAUUUAUAACAUAGCGCGCGUGCUUGCCCUAUAUUAGUCCUAUUGAGCCGCUAUGAACAAAAUCCUUAUUUACGCACGUAAAUUAGAUGACGUGAGCAUUUUUUUUACCUGGCUUCAGAGUCUCCGUCCUGUUAAGCUGCAGUGCAGUUUUCCUUCUCUUUGAAAUAUGGUCUAGGUACUGAUCCAACAAGCAACAAAAAUAAAGCCGAAAAAACUCUCAAGUUGCACGUUUCGCAAAUUUGUCGGAAAACCAGCUGCAGCAAAUUUUGGUCGAAAGACAGACAUUCACUGGGAACAAAAAAAGUAACCAAUUGGUCAUUAACAACGUUUAAAGGUAAAAUUUCCGUUUUUACUGUCGUUUUUAAAUUUGUUCAACCUGGGGAAUAAAAUACGCAGUUGUUAAUUGAGAAUUUACCAAAACCAAAACAAUCACAAUUGCACUCUAUCACAAUAAAAGGCUUCUUCGCGUAGAUUCUUGUUGUUGCUGUUAUAAAAGAAUUUGCUCAUGCUUUUAGCUGUGCGUAUAUCGAGUUAUGGAUGCACUUGGGAAGUUUGGAGAGCACUCAAAAAGCUAGAGUUGCUCUCGGCUGCGCCUCGAGCUACUCAUACGCAUUUUUCGUGAUCUCCAAACUUCCUGCGUGAUCCAGAACUCGAUAUACGCACGCUAACCAUGAACAAAUUCUUAAUUAGGAGAGUCUGUGGGCGACGUAAAUGCUUGGACACAAUGGAAAAUGAAAAUUCCAUCGGACGGCUAGGGGUCAUCUUUUGAAAAAGUGCCUCUUUUGACAAGGGCAGAGAUGGACAGACAUAUUGGAAAGUCUGGGAAGCGUACAAGUGGAGAUAAACGUGCAUAUCGUUCUGUUCCCACAGCUUAAAAAAAAGGAUAAAAACUACCAUGAAGAUGAAUAUUUGCACGAUAUUCAAACAAACUAUGACCAUCAGUACUUUUAUUAUCAUCAGUUAA